AUGCUAAGAUCUCUCACUGAUCUUGAAUUGUCAACGAAUAAUCUCACGGGAUCAAUCCCUGCUUCAAUAGGAAACUUGGGAAACCUCACAACGUUGUACCUUUUCGAGAACUCUCUCUCUGGAUCUAUCCCUCAAGAAGUAGGAAUGCUAAGAUCUAUCACUAAUCUUGCAUUGUACACGAAUCAUCUCACGGGAACAAUCCCAGCUUCAAUAGGGAACUUGAGAAACCUCACAAUGUUGUACCUUCACGAGAACUCUCUCUUUGGAUCUAUCCCUCAAGAAGUAGGAAUGCUAAGAUCUCUCACUAAUCUUGCAUUGUACACGAAUCAUCUCACGGGAACAAUCCCAGCUUCAAUAGGGAACUUGAGAAACCUGACAAUGUUAUCUCUCACUAAUCUUGCAUUGUACACGAAUCAUCUCACGGGAACAAUCCCCGCUUCAUUAGGAAACUUGAGAAACCUCACAACAUUGUACCUUUAUGAGAAUUCUCUUACUGGAUCUAUCCCUCAAGAAGUUGGGAUGCUAAGAUCUCUCAUUGAACUUGAUUUGUCAAUGAAUAAUCUCAUAGGAUCCAUCCCCGCUUCAAUAGGGAACUUGAGUAACCUCACAAAAUUGUAUCUUAGCGAGAAUUGUCUCUCCGGAUCUAUCCCUCAUGAAGUAGGAAUGCUAACAUCUCUUACUGAUCUAAAAUUGUACAACAAUUAUCUCACGGGAACAAUCCCCACUUCAAUAAGGAACUUGAGAAGCGUUACAAAAAACUUGAGAAACCUCACAGUCUUGAACCUUCACGAGAACUUUCUCUCUGGAUCUAUCCCUCAAGAAGUAGGAAUGCUACGAUCUCUCACUAUUCUUGCAUUGUACAAGAAUUAUCUCAAUGGAACAAUCCCUGCUUCAAUAGGGAAUUUGAGAAACCUCACAUUGUUGUACCUUCACGAGAACUAUCUCUAUGGAUUUAUCCCUCAAGAUGUAGGAAUGCUACGAUCCCUCACUAAUCUUUCAUUGUACACGAAUCAUCUCACGGGAACAAUCCCCCCAUCUAUAUGGAACUUGAGAAACCUUAGAUUGUUGUACCUUCACGAGAACUCUCUCUCUGGAUCUAUCCCUCAAGAAGUAGGAAUGCUAAGAUCUCUUACUGAUCUUUCAUUGUACAGGAAUUAUCUCACAGGACCAAUCCCCACUUCAAUUGGGAACUUGAGAAACCUCACAACAUUGCAACUUUACGAGAACUCUCUCUCUGGAUCUAUACCUCUAGAACUAGACAAUCUUAGAUAUCUAAAGGAUCUUGGAUUAUCCUCCAACAAGCUCACAGGACAUCUAUCGCCGUAUAUGUGCGUUCAUGGAUCACUUGUGAGAUUUUCUGCAAAAAACAACUACUUGGUAGGUCAUAUCCCAACCGGCUUGAGAAAUUGCAGUGAGUUACGUCGUCUCAAUCUUGGUCAAAACCAACUGACAGGGCAUAUAUCAAAAUUUUUUGGGGCAUUGUCAAACCUUGUAUAUUUAGAUAUCAGUCACAAUAAUUUCUAUGGCGAGCUUUGGCACAAAUGGGAACAGUUUCCCAAUUUGACUGCCCUGAAGAUCUCCAACAAUGACCUUUCUGGAAAUAUUCCACUUGGCAUUGGAAGCGCAACUCAGUUACGUUUACUUGACCUCUCUUCAAAUCAUCUAGUUGGUGCGGUCCCGAAAAUUUUUGGAAAGUUGGUUUUAUUAUUCAAUCUUACUCUUAGUAAUAACAAACUUUCGCAUGAUAUUCCAGCAGAAAUUGGAAGCAUGUCUAGUCUUCAGUAUCUAGACUUGUCUGGAAACAAUCUGAGUGGACCUAUUCAAGGGAAGUUGGGUGACUGUGUGAAUCUUCUGAACUUGAACUUGAGCAGAAAUCUUUUCAGUAAGACUAUUCCUUAUGAAUUAAGAAAAUUGCAGUUUCUUCAAAAUCUUGAUCUUGGAAAUAAUUUAUUAACAGGAGAGAUACCACCAGUGAUCGGGAACUUGAAAACCUUAGAGACACUAAACCUCUCCCACAACUUGUUGUCCGGUUCUAUCCCCUUUUCUUUUAAUGGGAUGUCAAGUUUAACAUCCAUUGACAUAUCUUACAAUCACUUAGAGGGUCCUUUACCAAGCACAAAAGCAUUUGAAGAUGCUCCAUUUCAGGCAUACCGUAAUAACGACAGAUUGUGUGGCAAUAAAACUAGUUUGAUGCCAUGCUCACUGAAGCAGAGCAAUGGAGAUAAAGGGAGAAAUUAUAACAAAAUUGUGCUUCCAAUUGUAGUUCCUUUGGGUAUUGUAUUUCUUAUUAUGGGUAUAACUUUCCUGGUUCAACGCAAUAGAAUGGUGGACAACGAAAUCAAGCCAAACAAAGCAUUUAAUAAAGAUUUGUUUGAGAUUUGGAGCUUUGAUGGAAAAUUGGUGUAUGAAAACAUCAUUGAAGCAACAGAAGAUUUCAAUGACAAGCAUUGCAUUGCAGUAGGUGGAUAUGGCGUUGUUUAUAGAGUUGAGCUGCCAAGUGGUCAGGUUGUCGCUGUAAAAAAGUAUCCUCCUUCGCAAGAUGGUGAGUUGGUUAAUUUGCAAAGUUUUACAAGUGAGAUACGUGCAUUGACAGAGAUACGACAUCGGCAUAUCAUAAGGCUUUUGGGUUACUGUUCACAUCCACAACACUCAUUUUUGGUUUAUCAGUUCUUCGAAGGGGGGAGCUUGGAUAAAAAACUAAGCUGUGAGGAACAAGCACUAAGUUUGGAUUGGGGUAAGAGGGUAAAUGUUGUUAAAGGUUUGGCAUAUGCUUUGUCAUAUAUGCACCAUGACUGUUCACCCCCGGUCAUUCAUCGUGAUGUAUCAAGCAAGAAUGUUCUAUUAGACUUAGAAGAUAUCGCUUAUCUCUCCGAUUUCGGAACAGCUAGACUUCUAAAUCUGCACUCGUCAAAUUGGACUUCUUUUGCAGGCACCCUGGGAUAUGCUGCUCCAGAACUUGCUUACACAAUGGAGGUGAAUGAGAAGUUAGACGUCUAUAGCUUUGGAGUUUUAACGCUUGAAGUUAUAAUGGGAAGGCACCCAGGGGAUCUCAUCUCUUCUUUUUCUUCAUCAUCUUUUGAUUCCUCACCACCAUCUUCUUAUGGGAUUCUGCUGAAGGACAUAUUGGAUAAACGUCUCCCACUUCCAAGUAAUCAUGUAGAGGCAGUGGUUCUUCUUGUAAAGGUAGCACUUGCAUGUUUGCACCCUAACCCGCGUUGCCGACCAACUAUGGAACAAGUUUCUGUGGCUCUAUCCAAACAGAAGUCAAAUCUGCAGGACCCAUUCCUCAGGAUCACAUUAGGACAACUACUUGAUGACAAUUGUACGUACAGAUGCCUAAGUAUUAUUGUUGUCCCUUCGCUUUUUGGGUUUUGGAAUCUCGUUCGUCAGGAAGAUGUAGAUGCAAUUGAAGCUCAGAGACCAAAGCUUUUGCUUCUCGUUCAUCAAGAAAUGGUAGUUCAUGAUGAGCAUAGCUUCUACUUCAUCCCAACCCACACAAAGGCAAACAAGACGCCCAACAUGGAUGCAUGGUGA